UAUUGAGAGAAAGAGAGAGACAGAGAAUGGAGAAGCAGUUGAGUAUAGUUAGAGGUACUUUGAGCAGGAUGAAGAUACCUGUGGUACUGGUAUUUGGACUGCUACUGUCAUUUAAUUUUGAUGCAGCACAUGCAACUAAUAACUGGCUACGAGCUCAUGCUACGUUUUAUGGUGGAGGUGAUGCCUCAGGAACCAUGGGGGGUGCAUGUGGGUACACGAAUCUAUACAAUGAUGGAUAUGGGACUAAUACUGCUGCAUUAAGCACAUCACUCUUUAACGGUGGCAAGUCAUGCGGUUCUUGUUAUCAAAUUGUCUGCGACUCCACUCAGGCUCCCAGAAAUUGUUUAAAGGGAACAUAUAUUACCAUAACUGCAACUAAUUUUUGCCCACCAAACUACGCUCUCCCAAAUAACAAUGGUGGUUGGUGCAACCCUCCACUGCAGCACUUCGACAUGGCACAACCUGCCUUUGAAAAGAUUGCCAUCUAUAGGGCAGGAAUCGUCCCCGUCCUCUUCCGAAAGGUUAGAUGCAGAAGAAUUGGAGGGAUGAGAUUUACGAUAAACGGAAGGAACUACUUCGAACUGGUGGUGAUAAGUAAUGUUGCAGGAGCAGGUGACAUAACAAAAGUGUGGAUUAAAGGUUCCAAGGACAAGUACACAUGGUUACCCAUGGCAAGAAAUUGGGGUUCAAACUGGCAGAGUCUUACAUAUCUUACAGGGCAGAGCUUAUCCUUUAAGAUUGAGACGAGUGAUGGUAGACAACGCAUUGCCUUUGACGUUGCUCCCUACAAUUGGUACUUCGGCCAGACAUUCUCAAGCAAUGUUCAAUUUUAAAUAUCUGCGUUUCUUUUUCUUUUUCAACUUUUCUAUGGAUAGUGGUUACCCCUGUAUGUUAAAAAAGGUAAUACACAAAGGGUGUAUCAGUAUAGGUUUCUUGGAUUGCGGCUAAUUAUGUAGCGCCCACCUUGUGAGCUGGUGUAAGUAAGAUUAAGCAAAAUGAUUGAUUUUUCAAUCUCUUGUACUUAAUGGAGAUA